UCUGUCCCCCUGGCUUUGUUAUUCAGCAUGUCUGAUUAGCAGGAGCCUGAUUGGCUGGCUGCCUGCUCCGAGAGAGAUUCCAUUCAGCUUACCCCCCACCCAUCCACCCACCCACCCUCGGUCAGGAAAUGUGAGCGGGGCUGAUGGAAGCUGAUAGGCAGGACCGGAGUGUUAGCACCAGCAGUGGAGGUGACAGCAGGCAGAGGAGCACUUAGCAGCUUAUUCAGUGUCCGAUUCGGAUUCCGGCAAGGAUCCAAGCAUGGAAUGCUGCCGUCGGGCAACUCCUGGCACACGGCUCCUGGUUCUGGCUUUCCUACUCCUGAGUUCCAGGACAGCACGCUCAGAGGAAGACCCUGAUGGUCUCUGGGAUGCCUGGGGUCCAUGGAGCGAGUGUUCCCGCACCUGCGGUGGGGGGGCCUCCUACUCACUGCGACGAUGCCUCAGUAGCAAGAGCUGUGAAGGACGAAAUAUUCGAUACAGAACAUGUAGCAAUGUGGAUUGCCCACCAGAAGCAGGUGACUUCCGAGCGCAGCAAUGCUCAGCUCAUAAUGACGUGAAGCAUCAUGGCCAGUUUUAUGAAUGGCUUCCUGUUUCCAAUGAUCCUGACAACCCAUGUUCACUCAAGUGCCAAGCCAAAGGAACCUCCCUGGUUGUUGAGCUAGCACCGAAGGUUUUAGAUGGUACACGAUGCUACACAGAAUCGUUGGAUAUGUGCAUCAGUGGUUUAUGCCAAAUUGUUGGCUGCGACCAUCAGCUGGGAAGCACGGCCAAGGAGGACAACUGUGGUGUGUGCAACGGAGAUGGCUCUACCUGUCGACUGGUUCGAGGGCAGUAUAAAUCCCAGCUCUCUGCAACUAAAUUGGAUGAUACAGUGGUUGCCAUUCCCUAUGGAAGUCGACACAGUCGCCUUGUCUUAAAAGGACCAGAUCAUUUGUAUCUGGAAAUCAAAACCCUCCAAGGUGUUAAAAGUGAAAACAGUCUCAGUUCUACAGGCACCUUUCUUGUGGACAAUUCUAGUGUGGACUUCCAGAAAUUUCCAGACAAAGAGAUACUGAGAAUGGCUGGACCACUGACAGCAGAUUUCAUUGUCAAGAUCCAUGACUCAGGGCCUGCAGAUAGCACAGUCCAGUUCAUCUUCUACCAACCGAUCAUCCAUCGAUGGAGAGAGACAGAUUUCUUCCCUUGCUCAGCAACCUGUGGAGGAGGUUACCAGCUGACAUCGGCUGAGUGUUAUGAUCUCCGGAGCAACCGUGUGGUUGCUGAUCAGUACUGUCACUAUUACCCAGAGAAUAUCAAGCCCAAACCCAAGCUUCAGGAGUGCAACUUGGAUCCUUGUCCAGCCAGUGACGGAUACAAGCAGAUCAUGCCUUAUGACCUCUACCAUCCCCUUCCUCGGUGGGAGGCCACCCCAUGGACCGCGUGCUCCUCCUCAUGUGGGGGGGGCAUCCAGAGCCGUGCAGUUUCCUGUGUGGAGGAGGACAUCCAGGGGCAUGUCACAUCAGUGGAAGAGUGGAAAUGCAUGUACACCCCUAAGAUGCCCAUCGUGCAGCCCUGCAACAUUUUUGACUGCCCUAAAUGGCUGGCACAGGAGUGGUCUCCGUGCACGGUGACAUGUGGCCAGGGCCUCAGGUACCGUGUGGUCCUCUGCAUUGACCACCGAGGACUGCACACAGGAGGCUGCAGUGCAAAGACAAAGCCCCACAUAAAAGAGGAAUGCAUCAUACCUACGCCCUGCUACAAGCCCAAAGAGAAACUUCCUGUUGAGGCCAAGCUGCCAUGGUACAAGCAAGCUCAAGAGCUGGAAGAAGGAGCAGCCGUGUCAGAAGAGCCCUCGUUCAUCCCAGAGGCUUGGUCCACCUGCUCAGUCACUUGUGGUGUGGGGACUCAAAUGCGAAUAGUCAGGUGCCAGGUGCUCCUGUCUUUCUCUCAGUCGGUGGCGGACCUGCCUGUUGAUGAGUGUGAAGGACCCAAGCCUGCAUCCCAACGUGCUUGUUACGCAGGACCAUGCAACGGGGAGAUUCCUGAGUUUAAUCCAGAUGUCACAGACAGGCUCUUGGGUGGCCUGCAGGAUCUUGAAGAGCUGUAUGACUGGGAGUAUGAAGGAUUCACCAAGUGCUCUGAGUCCUGUGGAGGAGGUGUCCAGGAGGCUGUGGUGAGCUGCCUGAACAAACAGACCCGGGAGCUUGCUGAUGAGAACCUGUGCGUGACCAGCCGCCGGCCCCCACAGCUCCUGAAAUCUUGCAAUUUGGACCCCUGCCCAGCAAGGUGGGAAAUUGGCAAGUGGAGUCCAUGUAGUCUUACGUGUGGGGUUGGCCUUCAGACCCGAGAUGUCUUCUGCUCCCACUUACUUUCCAAAGAAAUGAAUGAAAUGGUAAUCCUGGCUGAUGAGCUGUGUCACCACCCCAAGCCCAACACAGUCCAAGCUUGCAACCGUUUCAAUUGCCCCCCAGCCUGGUAUCCUGCACAAUGGCAGCUGUGCUCCAGGAGCUGUGGCGGAGGUGUUCAGAAACGUGAGGUUCUUUGCAAGCAACGCAUGGCUGAUGGAAGUUUCCUGGAACUCCCUGAGACCUUCUGUUCUGCUUCCAAACCAACAUCUCAGCAAGCAUGCAAGAAAGAUGACUGCCCCAGUGAAUGGCUUCUCUCAGAGUGGACCGAGUGUUCCACCAGCUGUGGGGAGGGCACUCAGACUCGAAGUGCCAUUUGCCGGAAGUUGCUGAAAACUGGGAUCUCCACCGUGGUCAACUCCACCCUGUGCCCGCCCCUGCCUUUCUCUUCUUCCAUCCGGCCAUGCAUGCUGGGAACCUGUGCCCGGCCCGGGCGGCCAUCCACAAAGCACAGCCCUCACAUCGCAGCCGCCAGGAACGUCUACAUCCAGACCCGCAGGCAGAGGAAGCUGCACUUCGUGGUGGGAGGAUUCGCCUACUUGCUCCCCAAGACGGCCGUGGUACUGCGGUGCCCCACGCGCAGGUUCCGCAAGCCCCUCAUCACCUGGGAGAAAGAUGGCCAGCACCUCAUCAGCUCGGCGCAUGUCACCGUGGCCCCUUUUGGCUACCUGAAGAUCCAUCGCCUGAAACCCUCCGAUGCAGGCAUCUACACCUGCUCUGCGGGACCUGCCCGGGAGCAGUUUGUGAUUAAACUUAUCGGAGGCAACCGCAAGCUGGUGGCCCGACCCCUGGGCCUACCGAGCGAAGAGGAGGCUUUCCUGGUGAGAAAGUCCAACCCCAAAGAGGCCUUGCACUCCCACAAACACCAAAACGGGAUCCUCUCCAAUGGCAGCAAGGCUGAGAAGCGGGGUCUUGCUGCAGACGCCGGGAGCCGCUAUGAUGACCUUGUCUCCCGGCUGCUGGAACAGGGAGGCUGGCCGGGAGAGCUCUUGGCCUCCUGGGAGGUGCAGGACUCGAUGGAAAGGAACACAUCCUCCGAGGAAGAUCCCAGCACUGAGCAGGUCCUCCUACAUCUCCCCUUCACCAUGGUGACCGAGCAGAAGCGCCUGGAUGACAUCCUCAGGAACCUUUCCCAGCAGCCCGAGGAGCUCCGAGAUGUCUACAGCAAACAUCUGGUGGCCCAGCUAGCCCAGGAGAUCUUCCGCAGCCACCUCGAGCACCAGGACAUGCUCCUCAAACCCUCGGAACAGAGGUUUCCUCCUGUGGCCAUUCCUCCUCAUAAACACGUGUCUGGCUUCACCAGCUCCCUGAGGACCUCCUCUGCCGAGGCUGGGGGCAUCUCUCGAAGGCCACACCGCAAGCCCACCAUCUUGCGAAAGAUCUCCGCUGCCCAACAGCUCUCAGCCUCUGAGGUGGUCACCCACCUGGGGCAGACCGUAGCUCUGGCCAGCGGGACACUGAGUGUGCUGCUACACUGCGAGGCCAUAGGAAACCCAAGGCCUACCAUCACCUGGGCCAGGAAUGGAGAAGAAGUUCAGUUUGGUGACAGGAUUCUCCUGCAACCUGAUGACUCCUUACAAAUCUUGGCACCAGUGGAAGCUGAUGUGGGUUUCUAUACAUGCAAUGCCACAAAUGCCUUGGGAUAUGACUCAGUUUCCAUUGCCGUCACAUUAGCAGGAAAGCCACUGGUGAAAGCAUCACGGAUGACGAUGGUCAACACAGAGAAGCCCGCGGUCACAGUGGAUAUAGGAAGCACUCUCAAAACAGUGCAGGGGGUGAACGUGACAAUUAACUGCCAAGUUGCAGGUGUGCCUGAAGCUGAAGUGACUUGGUUCAGGAAUAGAAGCAAACUGGGCUCCUCUCACCAUCUGCAUGAGGGCUCCUUGCUGCUCACAAAUGUAUCCCUCUCAGAUCAAGGCCUGUAUGCCUGUAGGGCAGCCAAUCUUCAUGGCGAGCUAACCGAGAGCACCCAGCUCCUAAUUCUAGAUCCCCCCCAGGUCCCUACACAGUUGGAAGACAUCAGAGCCUUACUCUCAGCCACUGGACCGAACCUUCCUUCAGUGCUGACGUCUCCUCUGGGAACACAGCUGGUCCUGGAUCCUGGGAAUUCUGCUCUCCUUGGCUGCCCUGUCAAAGGUCACCCCACCCCCAAUAUCACCUGGUUUCAGGACGGCCAGCCAAUCGCUAUGGCCAUAGGGCUGACGCAUCGUAUCAUGGCAGCUGGGCAGAUACUUCAGGUUGCAAAUCUCAGUGGAGGAUCUCGAGGGGAAUUCAACUGCCUUGCUCAGAAUGAGGCAGGGGUGCUCACGCAAAAGGCAACCCUAGUGACCCAAGAUUACUGGUGGUCUGUGGACAGACUGGCAACCUGCUCUGCAUCUUGUGGUAACCGAGGGGUUCAGCAGCCCCGCCUGAGGUGUCUGCUGAACCACACCGAGGUUGACCCUGAGCACUGUACAGGAAAGCCACGCCCUGCUGUCCAACCUGUUGCCUGCAACCGUAGAGACUGCCCUUCUCGGUGGAUGGUGACUUCCUGGUCUGCCUGUACCCGGAGUUGUGGUGGAGGUGUCCAGACUCGCCGGGUGACCUGUCAGAAGCUGAAAGCCUCUGGGAUCUCCACCCCUGUGUCCAAUGACUUGUGCUCCCAGCUUGCCAAACGACCAGUGGAUACACAGGCCUGUAACCAGCAGCUGUGUGUGGAGUGGACCUUCUCCAGCUGGGGCCAGUGCAAUGGGCCUUGCAUCGGGCCUCGCCUCGCCGUGCAACACAGACAAGUCUUCUGCCAGACCCGGGAUGGCAUCGCCUUACCAUCAGAACAAUGCAGCACCCUUCCCAGGCCUGUGAGCACCCAGAACUGCUGGUCAGAGGCCUGCAGCGUACACUGGAGAGUCAGUCUGUGGACCCUGUGCACAGCGACCUGUGGCAACUAUGGCUUCCAGUCCCGGCGGGUAGAGUGUGUGCAUGUCCGCACCAACAAGGCCGUGCCUGAGCACCUGUGCUCCUGGGGGCCCCGCCCUGCCAACUGGCAGCGCUGCAACAUCACCCCAUGUGAAAACAGUACGUUCCAAUCCCAAAGAACAUUCUGCAAAUUCCCCACGGGGCAUCGGGUGCAGAGGGCAGUCCCUGAAACUGAACCUCAACCCGGGGUAUUGGAUCAGGUUCCCCAAGGAUUGUGAGUUGAGUGUUUUCAGUGGGGUACAUGGGUGGACAUGUGUAGGCCACAAGAAAUGGUAUGGUGUGCCCCCCCAAGGGCUUCCACAGUCUCCACCCGGGCCCUGAGAUUACCAAGUGCUGUUGGCCAAGUGCUGAAUGAAAUCAGCCUCCAGCUCACCUGCAGUCAGACUGUUGGUUGCCACAGGGGAUGACAUACAAUGGUCCACAGGGACCAAGCUACUAAAGAGAAAGCACUGUUAACACUGAAGAAGCAUGCAGAGAGCCUCAAGCUCAGCUGGCUUUGCACCCACCACUGUUCUGCUUCUCACCGACCAAGGACCUGCUGAUCACCUCCCUCCUCCCCAGCCCAGGGGCCUCCGCGGAACUGGGCAGGAGGCCACAGCUCUGGGAUGUGAUUUUUGCUAUUCCCUCUUCCCUCAACUCUGGAGCCUUCACAGCCCUACACACAAAAUAAUUAUAUUCCAGUUGGGUAGAGAUCCAUUUUCUCUUUUUUAGAACCCCAAGCCUAAGUUAGAGGUAUUUCCCCACAAGGAAGAAUAUAAAUGUUGACAGAAAGAAUAGGAAAUAAAAGGGAAAUAUGACAGUGUAUUUUUCCUCACACUGAUCUUCAUUAAGCAAUAAAUUGCCAGCACUGAGGCAGAUGCCCUAUAGGCACUUGGCCUAUUCCAUUUCAGACGCUUGUGGCAGGGAUGAGCUUUGUACUCUGGUGUACUACUGACCCAUGUUCGAGUCAGAGGCACACCACAUUCAGAGAGAAUCAGUGCAAUGCAAGCCGUUAAGACACUGACAAGAUGGGAUUGGAGGCAUGGUUCAGUUGGGAGAGUGCCAGCCAAUGAGCAAAAGCACCAGGUACAGAGUUAGAAUCCUAGUCACAGACCAAAAGGAAAAGAUAUUUACCAGUCAACCUAUACCAAGUUUAAGAACCAUCUAGUCUGAACCAAUACUAAACUGGAACAGUAUAGUGUACUUAAGAGCUGGUAGGUUGAAGAAUUAGGGAAAUUUAAGUCGAGGAUACAAGGAAAGCUUCACAGAAUAAGCAAAGCCCAAGUGCCUAGAGCUGAGGGCCUCAAACUAGAGCUUUACCGGCAUGCUCUCUCAACAUGGAGCAGAGCCCAGUCCUUCUGGGAACCAUCUCAAGAGGGAGGGUCACUUCUAAAACACCAAGAUCCCAUGGGAAAAGGCAAGCAAGGAGAUGAAGUCAUCCCAAGGGGAGAGGAGAAAUAAGAUCAGAAAGUUGGAGUCUGCUAUCAGAAGGAAGCGGGUAGAAACUGUCCUGCUUUUGGCAGCCUGGGGUGGCAAAUAUCUGCGCUCUGCCAGGGCGAAGGCUGUCCAGAGGGGCUGGAGAGCAGUAGCAAAGGCAUACUGCACACCUGGCACCCCAGCAAUGGUCCCCGUCGGUUAGCCUCUGUUUCACAUCUCCUUUCUGUCCCCUUCCCCACCUCCUGCUUUCCCAGCCGAGUGCAGAGACACCACCAGGUACUGCGAGAAGGUGAAACAGCUGAAACUCUGCCAACUCAGCCAGUUCAAAUCUCGCUGCUGUGGAACUUGUGGCAAAGCGUGAAGACAGGGCACGGGGAAGAACUCUACCCUUGCCAACCCCACAGGACUCACGCAACCACCUGGGACAGAAUAAUGCUUUCUCUGUUUUAUUUAUUUAUUUGCCCCUCCCUCGCACACCCCCACUUCCACCCCCACCCCUAAGGACCUCAACAUGUUUUCUCUGUCAGGUCGCUGGAGGACAGUGUUGGGAAAGGGAAAGGACAGAUGGGUACAGGAAGUCACAGAGCCUGCCAGGCGCCCAGUAGCUGCAGCAGCACCCUUUGUGGAGACAACUUUCUCCCAAUGGAGAGCUCAAAGUGACCAAGAAAGAGGAAGCCAUAGCCCCUACAGACUAGGAGAGCCAGGCAAAGGCAGGGUUGGUGCAAACAAUAGACAUCAGCUGUGUCUUUCCUAGAAGUUGAGGCAGAAGUGUUGCUCUUUUCCCUCCUCCUCCUCUGAUCCCUUGGCAAUGGGGAAACCAAAGGGGAAAUCAAAGGAAAGCAGCCCAGGACUCAAUUCUUCUAAGGUAGAGGUGGGGGGGGGGGGGUGGAGACACAGUAGAGAAGGCGACCAUAGAUCAGAAGCAAUAAAGAGGAAGAUAAUCAAAGCAGGCCUGGGCACAGAGAUGCAGGAAAUUAAGAAAGGAGGGAAUGAACCGAAUCAAAGGAAGUUUGUGUGUGCUCUUCAGGUGUGAGGAAUCAGCAGGCAAGGAGGGACUUCCAGGGAGCUGCAUGCAGCUUGCCUGACAGGUUGUAGCCCAUGCAUGCAACCCUCUUGGUUCAGUAAAGCUGUGCAACAAUGUUCAUUCAGAACCUUCUCAGCAUGUCCAUACCAUACCUCCCAUAGGGUGAAGGAAGAGUCUCCACUCCCCUCUCAGAAUGAACUUGCUGCCUGUGCAGAAUCAGCAAAGUCAGCAAGCAGUCAGCUUCCGGCUGCGGUUGCACAGCAUGGCCAUCCCCAACAUCCCUUUAUUUAAAUCAAAGGUCCCCUAGCCCUGAACAAAAUGCUGCUGUGGGCCAGGGGCGUUCCAAGCAGGCAUGGACUGAGCUUUCUGCCUGAAUAGCGUUUGCUGCUCCACUUAGGGCCAGGGACUGGGGUCCUUUGCUCAAAACUGAUUCAUUCAUGAAUUUGCCAGAGAGUAUCUAUUGAGUUGCAGCAUCUGUUUCAUACCACAGCUGACCAGAGAAUAGAAUAAAAGAACAGGUGUUGGUGUGCCCUGCCUAGUCAAACUAUCACCCCUAGAAUCUAUAGGCCCUUCCUCUAUCACUACAUGAGCAGCAAAUUGGGAAGGAAGCUAUGGCAAAGCCAAAAAGUAGUUAAGGACUCCAAGAAAGUCCUGGAAGGCUUUUCAACCUAUCCUCCCAACACAAUGAUAUAUUGUAUUAUUAUUGUGUCAGAAUUGGACAUUCAACUACUCAGCAGGGAAAGCUGCACACAUCUGUUAUGGUAAAAAAAAAUGGUUACAACAAAGUCAGACACAAAACAAAAACCUUGAGAUGAUUUUUGCAAAUUGCUCAUUCUGCAUAGCAGAGUGCUAAGCAAGAUCUUUGUGAUUCCUCCCCAAGUAGUUUCCUUUAGUCAGCUGGGCAGUGCUAGCCAUUUUCCCUCAGAGAAGCCAUCCCUCACAUAUAUACUCAUGAAAUGCCACUCACCCCAGGGCCACCACUAGCAUCCGGGCUGCAUUUUCCAGCCAGCCUGGAAGUAAAAUUUGUGAGGAAGACACUGUUACGUUGUCUCUAGGCAGGCUAUGGACAGUAGGGGGGGAGGGGGUUACUUUUUCUUCAUUACAAAAUAGGCUCUAAGAAAUGCUAAAAUCCAGUGUAAUGUUUAUUUAAAAUAAAAUAGAAUGUCUUCUAUGUAUAUCUUUUGUGAAUAUUUAUUAGGAUGUCUUGUAUAAAAAAGUGCAAUAUUAAUAAUAAUUGUACAUUGUCAUCCAGAAAAAAACAAUAUUGGGGAGAACUUUUUAAAUUAACUUCCUGAAACUGUGUUCUUGUAAACUCGAUGGUGAUAAUUUGUAUUCUUCCUAUUUUCAGAAGUUGGUGUUUAACUCUGGAUCCAUUAAUCACUGUGUACAGAAUACAUUGUAAAAGCUAACACGGGACAUUUGUGACAAAAUAGUUAUGCAUGGAAUGAUGAAGAACAAUUCCAUACUACUAAUGUGGCCAAUUAUUUCUUGUUUGAUAGAUAUUGAAAAAUGGUGGUCAAUAUUUACAUUUCCUUAGGGGAAAAAAAUACCAUCAUCUUACAGCUCUGCCAUGUGUCAGGGUGUAGAGUUGGAAAUGGGCUUCAGAGGGAGUUGGGGAGCCCUGGCUUGGGGUGGAAAACAGUGUGCUCUUUGCAUGAGAUGAAUGUACAUUUACUGUUUGUUCUGUGAAUUGUGACUCAGCAGUACCACAGAUUAUUAGGGCUGCUGGAUAAAUGUGGAAGGAGGCACUUCCUCCUCUAAAACACAAAACUGUAUUUAUAUUUUUUGUACAGAUAAUACAGCUUAUU